AUCUCAACAACUAUUUGGUGCAGACAGCAACCGAAGCCCUCGUAUCUGUUGUAUCUUUUUUUUCCCCAUUUUUCUUUUACUUCAAGAGACAACUAAGUGAAGAAAAUUCCUCACCAAUUAAACAACAACCUCCCAAAGCCAACUUAAUUAUAAAACCAAACCCCAUUGCUCCUAGGCUUCUAAAUUUCCUGACUUAAAAUUCCAUUUUACUCAUAAGAUGGGGUCUGCUGAGAGAACAAAGAAGAAAGUACAGCUAUGGAAGAAAGCUAUUGUUCACUUCUCUUUAUGUUUUGUCAUGGGGUUUUUCACAGGCUUUGCUCCAACUGGUAAGGAUUCCAUUUUUUCUAGCCCUGCUGUUGCUACACACAAUAAAUCACAUAUUUCACAACCGCCUGUGAACCAAUCAGUAACACCAGCGGUACAUAGCAGUAACGUUAACCGGAGUUUGAGAGCCGAAACUCCGGUUCCGGUUCCAGUUCCGGCAAAGUCUAAUGAGCUAGAAAGUCGGAAACAAGUGGAUGGUACUGUUGUUCAUGAAGUCAAGCUGCCAUCCAGGAGACUUGUGAUUGUUGUUACACCAACCAGCACAAAAGAUCAGUUUCAAGGUGUGUUCUUGAGGAGGCUAGCGAAUACUAUUCGGCUGGUUCCUCAACCAUUGUUGUGGAUCGUCGUGGAAGGGCAAUCGGAUUCGAACGAGCUAUCCGAAAUACUUAGGAAAACAGGCAUUAUGUAUAGGCAUUUGGUGUUCAAGGAGAAUUUCACUGACCCUGAAGCAGAGCUAAAUCAUCAACGAAAUGUUGCAUUGAAGCACAUUGAGCAACACAAGCUGAGUGGGAUAGUUCAUUUCGCUGGACUUUCCAAUGUUUACGAUCUUGAUUUCUUCAAAGAACUUAGACAAAUUGAGGUAUUUGGAACUUGGCCAAUGGCCUUACUAUCAGCAAACGAGAGACGGGUUGUGAUUGAAGGACCUGUUUGCGAUUCAUCACAAGUUAUAGGAUGGCACCUAAGGAAGAUGAAUAACCAGACAGAUGCAGAAACAGAUGCUGAUAUGAAACCUCCUAUUCAUAUAUCAAGUUUUGCAUUUAACAGUUCAAUCCUUUGGGACCCUGAGAGAUGGGGACGUCUCACAUCGGUCCAAGGCACUUCACAGAACUCACUGAAAUUUGUGAAACAAAUUGUAAUGGAAGAUGAGGGCAAGUUAAAAGGUAUCCCACCAGAAGAGUGCUCCAAAAUAAUGCUAUGGCGUCUUCAUUUCCCCAUUGGAGUUGUGCCUAGAAAUCUUGUCAAAACAUCCUCAUUGCUUGAUGUAAUUACUCAAUUGUAAAAAAAAUAAAAUAAAAGAGAGGAAAUAUGUGCAUCUCUUAGAGGACAAAAUCUAUAUGAUACUAAGAGCAUAAUCUCAAAAUUUUCCCAUUUUUCAUGUACCUUUUUUUAAAAAAAAAUUAAAACAUUUUUCAAGUUUA